AGGAAGUGCCGUCCUCUCCGGAACUCCUCGGGACUAACGAGGCGGGAAGAGGGCGGCCUCCGUUUGCUUUUGUUGCUCUUGAGAACCAGCCCCGCGGUCUGGUCACUUUCGGCGAAGGGCGGAGUUGAAUGGCCAGUCGCUUUACUCAAGGGCUGAAGUAAAGACCCGCACAAGUUUCUUCGCGCCUCUGGUGUCCAGACAGGCUGCCCUGCUCCUGCAAGCGAUGAAUGGGUGAUAAGAAAAGCUGCUCCUCCGCGUUUCCCGCCCGGCGGCUACAGUGCGGAGAAGCAGCUCGCCCUGCUUCGUGUGGGAAACGGGCUCUCCUUGUAUGUUUGGAGCGCUGUGAAGCCCUCUCUGCCGCCGGAGGGAAGAGACGCGUCGUUGCUUUGCCACCUGUUGCGUUGUGUUGCGCCCUCCAACCUCUGUCUCUGUGGAGGUUCAGUCUGUUUGGGUUCCUUUGAGUUGCUUCUAGUCGAUUUGUUUUAAAUUGCUUUUCUUAUCUCAGGACGGGUUGUGGGGGUGGGGAGGUGGAAGAGUUGCCACAGAGCCCGCCUCUCUUUGCACCUGCACUGACCCAAUGUUACCCUUCUGGAUGACGGGAGUGGUAGCUGGGCUCCUCUCCCUGCACCUCCUGCAGAAGCUUUUCUUCCCUUACUUUUGGGCUGACCUGAAGUUUUUGCUGAAAGUGAUAAAGUAUGGGCUGACCGUGGAGACCUACAGAUUGAGCGGCAGGAUUUGUUCAGUACUGGACAACUUUGUGAAGCUGGCUGAAAAGCAGCCCACUAAACCAUUCCUGGUAUAUGAAGGAAAAGUUCACACAUACCGAUCUGUGGACAAGAGGAGUAACAGGAUUGCCCAACUUUUCCUCAAAGAAGGGACACUGAAAAGGGGAGACACUGUAGCCCUGCUGAUGAGCAAUGAGCCUGAUUUCAUCCAUGUCUGGUUUGGUCUGACCAAGCUGGGCUGUGUUGUGGCUUUCCUCAAUUUCAACAUCCGCUCCAGGUCCCUCCUGCACUGCAUCAGCAGCUGUGCACCCAAGAUGCUGCUGGUGGGAGCAGAUAUGCUUGGGACCUUAGAGGAAAUUCUUCCUAACCUCCAAGAUGAUAUUAGAGUAUGGUUGAUGACAAAAGAAUCCACUUUGCCACAUGUUGAUACCAUUUUAGACAAGCUGGAUGAUGCCUCUGAUGAUCCUGUACCAGAUAAUCUCCGUAUUGCUAAAAAUCUCAAAGACCCGCUCCUCUACAUUUUUACUUCAGGAACAACAGGUUUGCCAAAGGCUGCAGUUAUCAGUCACAUGCAGGUCAUAAAAGGUGCUGCUGGAUUAUGGGCAUUUGGUGCUACUCCUGAAGACAUCAUUUAUAUAACUCUCCCUCUUUACCACAGUGCAGCUUCUCUCCUUGGCAUUGGCGGAUGUAUUGAAUUGGGUGCAACAUGUGUUCUAAGAAAGAAAUUUUCAGCCAGUCAGUUCUGGAGUGAUUGCAAAAAAUAUAAUAUUACAGUUGUUCAAUACAUUGGAGAACUGUGUCGCUACCUUUGCAAACAACCUGUGAAAGAAGGAGAAAAACAUCACAAAGUUCGUCUAGCAGUUGGAAAUGGAAUAAGGACUGAUGUCUGGAAAGAGUUUCUACUUCGAUUUGGUGACAUCAAGAUAUGUGAAUUAUAUGGUGCAACUGAAGGAACAAUUUGUUUCAUGAAUCACACAGGCAAAGUGGGAUCUGUGGGGCGGACCAAUUUCUUUUAUAAGCUCUUUUUCCCUUUUGACUUGAUUAAGUAUGAUUUUCAAAAAGAGGAGCCAAUAAGAAAUAAACAUGGAUGGUGUGAAAGAGUUAAGAAUGGCGAAGCUGGCCUUCUAAUAUCCAAAGUGAACUCAAAGAAUCCAUUCUUUGGCUAUGCUGGCAAUAAGAGAGACACAGCAAAGAAAUUACUCUGUGAUGUGUUUAAGAAGGAAGAUUGUUAUUUCAAUACAGGAGAUCUGAUGGUCCAGAAUCAAGAUAACUUCCUUUACUUCUGGGACAGAACAGGAGAUACAUUCAGAUGGAAAGGGGAGAAUGUUUCCACUACUGAAGUUUCUGAUGUCAUUGGUAUGUUGGAUUUUAUACAGGAAGCCAACAUUUAUGGGAUUUCUGUGCUGGGUUAUGAAGGGAAAGCAGGCAUGGCCUCUAUCAUCUUAAAGCCUAAUAAGUCUUUCAAUUUGGAAAAACUAUAUCAACAUGUGGUGACUUAUCUACCCAGCUAUGCCUGCCCACUAUUUUUAAGACACCAGGAAAUAAUGGAAGUUACUGGAACUUUCAAGCAACAAAAAUUUCAGUUGGUGGCGGAAGGAUUUAAUCUAUCUGCAAUCAGUGACCCACUUUAUUUUUUGGACAAUUCAAAAAAGUCUUAUGUUCUAUUAACCAAAGAACUGUAUGAAAAGAUUUUAUCUGGGCAGGUGAAACUUUAAUGUCUAUUUAUUAACAUCAGUUCAUGCUAACAAAAAUUUUAAGCAAUAUUUCUCACUGUAUCAAGGUGAUCGCCUGGGUAAGAGUACACAGAAAUGAAAUUUUAUAGUCUGUAUUUUGAAUGAUUACUUACUAUAAUGUUUAUGUGUUUUGACCAUCAGUGCAUACUAAUUGUUUUCUACCUCUUAGAAUGUCAAAUAUAGUUGAAUAUUCUUGUAAACAUUUGCUCGAUAUAUCAUCUGUCAUGAUUUUCAUAUGAAUGUCAUCACAUGUAAGCUUCCUCAUAUAAUCUUAUGAGAGGCAUAAAUUAUAUUUAAAGAAAAGAAUAACAAAGCUACAGUGUAGUCAUCUUACCAUUGUGUUUAUUUAAUAUAGGCAAGUUUUUAUACUGGACAAAAAAGUAACCAUUUGAAAUAAAUGGUAAUUGCUUGUAACUAUUGUUUGAAAAAAAUUAAAUAGUUGAAAAGUAGUUCGAGAAAACUACUGAUUUGAAAUUUUUUUUUUGAUGCAAAGAACGAAGUAUUUACUUUACUGAAGCAAAGGGCCUUCUCAUCUACUGUUUUUCGUGAUUCUUAAUGACUUACACUGCAAUCCUAAACAGAGUUACUCCAGGGUCAAAUCCACAUUACUCAUUCUAAGUCGCAUGUUCCCCGCAUUCCCCACGCAAUCCAGAGUGCCGGUCACAUUACCUCAUUAAACAGACGCAUUUCAUUCGCAUUUCUCCCGAAUAUGUGGUCACAGGUUUUCAACGGGAGUUUCACAGUGGCUGUGAACGGGCCAAUGCGCAAUUUAUGCGGUUUUUUUAAAAACCACCCCCCUUCCUGUCUCUCCAGCCGUUCCGAGAGUUCCUAUUGGCUGAUUCAACUUGCAAGUGCUCCGUAGUCUGCAAAACUGUUUUUGACUUCAUAGCAUUGGAUUUAUUAAUUAUGCUGUUUCUGAAUCAAAUCUGGUAGUUUGAAAAAUCAUUUUGGGGUGAAUCCAUCCUCAGAACGAACUCGCGAAACUUCCUUUUUAACUGUUUUUUAUUUUUUUUAUUUUAUAUUACUGUAAUAUCGAAAUUAAGAAAUAUCAAAAUAAUGACACUCCAAGGAAGUGAAACUUCAGUAAAAUUCAGGCACUGAACUGUCCUGCAUAGGAAAUGCCCACGAAAGCUUCCCACAUGCUUCCAAAUUUCCAAAAAAGAAACGGGAGAGAGCCAUCAGUGCUGUCAGUGGGGAAAAGAGAGGCAUCAUUAUCUUCAAUGAUGUUUCUUUAUAAGGCAAGAUCGAAAUAACGGAAAAGUGCGCUCAAAAAAAUAAAAAAAAUGGGCGGGGAAAAAAGGUCCCGCCCAAAAAAAGCGGUUUUCGAGCGGCCGUGUGACUGGAGGGACGCGCGAGAAAGACGGAUUGGAAGCAGGAAUGUGAACAAAGCGGAAAAAAUCGCGGAUUGGAGGCAAACGGAAGAUAUCCUAUAAACAUGCGGGUAAUGGGUGAAUGUGGAUUUGACCCAGUAUACAUCCAUUGAUUUCAAUUGGCUUAAACUGUUCUAACUCUGUUUAGGAUUGCACGGUUAAUGAUUUCUGCCCUAUACAGAUAUGUAUUUUAGCCACAAGCCCUUAUUUAAAUUAAAUUAGUUACUUGCACUAAUCUGUUCCAUGUCCAUGUUCAGAAAUGAAUAAAGAAAUGCUUUGAUUUCAUGUGUAUAAUAAA